AUGUGGAGAUCAACAAGUCGAGGUGUAGAGCAACACGUCGAGGUGGAAAACAACAAGACGAGGUGGAAAACAACAAGUCGAGAUGGAAAACAACAAGUCGAGGUGGAAAGCAACAAGUCGAGAUGGAAAACAACAAGUCGAGGUGGAAAGCAACACGUCGAGGUGGAAAGCAACAAGUCGAGAUGGAAAACAACAAGUCGAGGUGGAAAGCAACAAGUCGAGGUGGAAAGCAACAAGUCGAGAUGGAAAACAACAAGUCGAGGUGGAAAGCAACAAGUCGAGGUGGAGAGCAACAAGUCGAUGUGGGGAGCAACAAGUCGAUGUGGGGAGCAACAAGUCGAUGUGGGGAGCAACAAGUCGAGGUGGAAAGCAACAAGUCGAGAUGGAAAACAACAAGUCGAGGUGGAAAACAACAAGUCGAGGUGGAAAGCAACAAGUCGAGGUGGAGAGCAACAAGUCGAGGUAGAGAGCAAUAAGUCGAGGUUGAAAGCAACAAGACGAGGUGGAGAUCAACAAGUCGAGAUGGAGAUCAACAAGUCGAGAUGGAAAACAACAAGUCGAGGUGGAAAACAACAAGUCGAGGUGGAAAGCAACAAGUCGAGGUGGAGAGCAACAAGUCGAGGUGGAGAGCAACAAGUCGAGGUGGAAAGCAACAAGUCGAUGUGGAGAGCAACAUGUCGAGGUGUAGAGCAACACGUCGAGGUGGAAAACAACAAGUCGAGGUGGAGAGCAACAAGUUAA